AUGCAAUCAAAAGCCCAAGAAUUCAGACUACAAUGCCGAAGAGGUGAUUUCAAUAGUCACACUUCUGGAAGCUGUGCGGGUUUUGCACAAGCUAAUUUGAUUAUAUUGCCUAAUGUGCUCGCCAAAGACUUUGAAGACUUAUGCUUUCGAAACCCCGUUCCUUGUCCCUUAUUGAGUAAGAUUCCCAAGCCAACCGUAGUUGAAGACAAGAGAAUCAUCAACGGAGAGGAUUUUGAUAUUCGUACAGAUCUUCCAAAAUAUAAUAUCUACAAAGACGGGAAGUUCGUGGGUGAAAAGUCAGACGUCACACAAGAAUGGACUGAAGAUCAUGUGGGAUUCUUAAUUGGAUGCUCCUUUUCUUUCGAAAAUGAACUAUCUGCACAAGGAUUCACCCCAAAACAUCAAAAGGAAGGGAAAAAUGUACUGAUGUACAUCACCACCAAAUAUUUGAAUGCCGCUGGUGUAUUUGUUAAAUGUCCAUAUGUUGUGAGUAUGAGACCGUACAAAGUUGAUGAUCUUGAAAACGUGAGAGAUAUUAGCCGACAAUUCAGAAAAACCCAUGGUGAACCAAUUGACUGGGGUUACGAAGCUGUCAAAAGAUUAGGUAUAUCAGAUAUUAAAAAGCCAGAGUUUGGUGAUGCAAUUGAAAUAGCCGAUAAUGAGAUUCCAGUCUUUUGGGCCUGUGGUGUUACUCCCCAAGCAGCUAUUCGAGCUCUUGGUGAUAAAGCAAAGGGUAUAGUAAUGGGUCACAGCCCUGGACACAUGUUGAUUUUAGAUUUGACAGAUUCUAAGGCUAAGAACUUGUAA